CACAUGAUGCUAAUAUGUUGGCUAAUAUACAUACAUUACAAAAUAUUAAAGGCCAUCAACUUGGUAGUAUAUGUGAAGAAGAGCUAGAAAAAAAAAUACAUGAUGCUAUCAAAUCCAAAGCUGAAAUUAACAAGCUUAGCGAAAAAUUACAGGAUAAAUACAUAAAACAAAUGAAGGCUUUUGAUUGGGAAAGAAAGGGGUGGAAUCGGGAUUCAUUACGAAAUAAUACUGAGAUCCAAAAAUUACGCACCCACACUUUACAG